CUCAGAACCGCCACCAAGGAGAGACCUUCGCUUGAGCUGGUUACCGAGUUCUACAACGCCGGGCCUAACAAGAUGCGGUUCCAAGCGCCGCAGCUCGGCGCCUUGGGCGUCACCUUUACUGUCAUGAGGGCAUCACAGUUUGCGUGCCUCAUUUCUGUCAUUGGUCUUUGUGCCAACUUCAUCAACGAGAUUGCCACAGCCGAGCACAGUCCCCCAUCAGAGCUUGUCGGUGCUUUGACAUUGGCCGUCACAGCCAUGAUCUAUGUGAUCAUCACAUACAUCUUGUACUACGACAACAUGCUCUCGAUGCUGACCACUGCUGGUCUCGACAGCCUCCUCCUCGUUGCCUCCAUCGUCGUAGCUUCCUUGAUUGGAAAGCCCCUUUCCAUGCUCAACUGCGCUGCUCUCCCGUCCUCAGAAUGGUCUGCCGGCCUGUUUUCGUCCGCACCUUCCCCAAUCAAGUCGAUCAUCACCAAGACCGUUUCCUACAUCAGCUUCGUUUUGCUUGACCAGACAACCUGCUACCAAAUCAAGGCUGUGUGGGGAUUGUGCAUCACCAUCUGCCUGCUCUUCGCCUUUUCCGCACUGGCCUGCCUCGGCCUCUGGCAACGCAUCCGUCGCGAGACCAAGAACAAGGAUAUUGAGGGUUAG